AUGCCGCUGGUCUGCCUCGCUCGCUCCCAUAAUGGUGCUUUCGCUGCCGGUUCCCGGCUUCUUCAAGUCCUCCACUUCCCCCCACGCCCCGCCGACGGCACCGCACCGACUGCCCACUCCCACCGUCACCGCGGCUCAACCUCGGCCUCAGCCUCUUCGUCUAGCUCGUCGUCCAGUCGAAAUAUCUGGAACUCAUCGUCAGGGACUGGCGGGGCUGUGACUACGUCCUCUUCGCCAAAUAGCCAUUCGAUCACACUCGAGGCCCUCCGAAACAACCCAUUCGGCAGCACGUCACGAUCCCGCUCGCUCCAGCAACAAACUUUCCGCCCUGCAGAGGAUUUGGAGCGAGAAUUAGAUGAGUUGAACACGGCGUUGGAGAAGCUUGUGCGGAUUUUCCCGGAUGUCAGAAUCGAGGUCUUUCGAGAGCUGUUGACGCGCUUUGACGGGCUCAGCCGGCUGGAAGUUUGCGUCGAUCAAUUGGUCCGACACAAAGAGAAAUGGGUGGAGGGCCGAUGGAAUAUCUCCGAGGACCAAAACAAGAAGGAUGAACAAGCCAGGAUUACUAGUGACGAUACAGCUGAUGGUAAUCUGGUGCCCGCCGACGAGCAAUUUCGAUCCGAAGACUACAAGGCGGCAGUCAGAUCAUUGCUAGCGAAGGAAUUCAGCGGCUUGGGUAGAAGCAUGAUAGAUGGAGUUUUGGCAGAGGCGAACUUUAGCUACUGGCGCGCGCGGCCGAUUUUACGCAACCUUUCUCGUCGAACUUGGCGAGCCACUUUCAACAGUCUUCUUCCUUCCUUCAAACGCAAGAAGGACCGAGACGAGCAUCCGCUCCUGGCAUGGCAGCGACAGCCGGAUGGUGAAAUCCUACCCCGACUCAAAGACACGGGGUGUGCUGAGUUAGACAAUGAACUACAUGCAGCUCUUCUGGCCCCACUCCUAGACCAAAGGCGCGAAAACCAGGAAACUGAGGAUUACCAAUUUGCGCUGGAGCUCAAUGAGAGGGAGGCUAUCGCAGCCUGUGCGUUGUAUGAAUGCGAGUGCUGCUUCGCGGAUGUCACCUUUGAGCAGAUCGCAACAUGCUCCUCUAACACCCACAUAAUCUGCUAUCAUUGCAUCCAGCGCACUGUCCAUGAGGCGCUGUUUGGCCAAGGCUGGGGGAAAUCCAUGGACCUAGAACGUUCCACAUUGAAGUGUCUUGCUCCAUUAUCCGUUGGCGCUUGCGAUGGAUGUCUGCACCCGGAGAUUGUACGGCAAGCCAUCCUACUCAAUACUGCUGGUGCUGAGACGUUUCGCAAACUCGAGGAUCGACUGGCAUCAGAAGCACUCAUGAAGUCUCAAUUGAGAUUGGUACGGUGUCCAUUUUGCUCGUAUGCUGAAGUGGACCCUGUUUAUCACCCAUCUACGCGUGGCAUCCGCUGGCGGGUGCGCCGUGACGGGGACCUUAUUCCGACCAUUUUGAUGGCCGUCCUCAUUUUGGACCUUGUUCCUCUUCUAGUUCUCCCUCUUCUUAUCCUACUGCUUUUUAAUCCCUCUGCCGUCGGUGCCAUAUUCAAAACUUCUAUCCGCCAUCUCUGCCUCAAGAUCCGUCUCAAGCGGUUCACUUGUGCCAACACGUCCUGUCGAAGAGUGAGCUGUAUGACAUGCCAGAAAGACUGGCGAGACCCGCACGUCUGCCAUGAGCCACUUCUGCUGGACCUUCGUGCCACGGUGGAGGCGGCGCGCACGGCCGCUGUGAAGCGUACCUGUCCGCGCUGUGGCCUCUCCUUUGUCAAAUCCUCUGGCUGCAACAAGCUCACCUGUGUUUGCGGAUACUCAAUGUGCUAUCUCUGUCGGAAGGCACUUGGCCCGCCAGUGCGUCCAGUCCCACUACGCCGCGGCUUCGACCGACCUCGUCCACAAAACCUAGACGCCUACGAUGGCGGUGCGGACGGGCCCGACGAAGAUGAGGAAGGGGCUGGCAAUGUCUUCGACGAUGAAUUCGAAGAACCCGAGGGGUACAAACAUUUCUGCGAACACUUCCGCAUCAAUCCUGGCUCCCGCUGCUCGGAGUGCAACAAGUGCGAUCUCUACCAAGCUGAAGACGAGGAAGCCGUUGCCCGGCGUGCCGGUGAAAAAGCCGAGCGCGAAUGGCUGCUGCGUCAGGGUGCUAUGUCGACUUCAAGCAACCCUGCAUCGGCGAUGGCCCUGCGCAAUGUCAACCAAGACCUCUCCGCAGGAGCAGACACACGCACUAAUGCGCGGAGGGCCCCUAAUAGCCUCUGGGACUUGCAUUUGCCGCCGAAUAAGCGGUGGUCCUACUGGUUAAGUGAUGUGUGGGCCGACGGCCGAUGGAAAUUAGAAGCCCAGGUUUUGGUAAACUGGAUUGUGGAGCGAGCCAUUGUCAUCGAGGAAGUGUGA